AUGUUGACCACUGAAUCUCCUGUACAGCGCAAGGGCCAAGAUGUGGUGCCAGUGGCAACAUGCCACCCCCGGAAAAUUUGGGGCCUUGUGAGAUUUCAAUGUUUCAUGGUGUUUCACACUCCCGCCGGACCAGAUGAUAUCUGCGGCAUGUCCAUGGCAUUAUUAUUGGCUCACUGCACGACCCUUCAGAAGCUGUCUUGCUUGUAUCGCCAUAGCCGCCGACUGCGAAGCAAUGCGGAGGACGAGGAGCGCACUCGUCACAGUCCCCGGCCAACCGUGGCAGCUGUUACAGGGCCCACGGUCGCCGCACUCUUCCGAGGAUGCACAGCUCCUUCUCGAUUUCUGGUUGCUCAAAGCCGCAGAGCCCUCAACAGCUCCAGUCCAGCCUCGCUGCAGCGAUACUUGCCACCAGCAGGGGUGCAGAUUUCCAACUCACUUCUGCUCUACGACAAGCCUGCCAUGACGAGCAACCUCCUUGCUGCCUUGAAGAAUCACCAGGGGAAGGGUGUCACCGUGACAACUCACCCGCUUAUCGAGGCUGCCAAAAAUGGCUCGGUGGAUGCUUGUCAGCGGGCUUUGACGGAGCCGAAGGUCAAAGUGGACCAGAAAGACUCGGAAGGCUCAUGUGCCUUGAUGUAUGCCGCCGAGGCGGGCCACAUGCACGUCGUCAAAUUUUUAGUGGAGAAGGGUGCACGUGUCUCUGCCAAAGAUGAUACGGGCGAAACUGCACUGAUGAAGGCUUGCAAAUCUGGGCAUGUGGAUGUAAUCCGCUUCCUCAUCGAUGCGCAGCUGCUGCAACGGAAAAAGAGCAGCAGCAUCAUGGGCUCCGACAGCGCCAAGCUUUUGCAAAUCGAGAAGCAGCGGGUGCUGGACGUCAAAGAUGACGAAGGCGUGACAGCGCUGAUGAAGGCCGCCGAAAGCGAUGAGCUUGAAAUUGCACGCCAGUUGAUCGAAGAAGGAGCUUCCCUGACCUUAAAAGAUGACCACGGGUGGACCGUGCUUAUGUGGGCAGCACUGGCCGGAAACGUUGACAUCUGCGACAUGCUCGUCAAGAGCUAUGACGCUGCUGCGGACUAUGUGACCGAACGCGGUGAGUCAGCGCUGAUGAAAGCCGCAGCAAACGGGCACUGGGAAGUGUGUGACUUCUUGUUGGAAGAGGGUGCGAAGGUGAACCAGCUGGACUCUGAGCACCAAACUGCCCUUAUGUGGGCAGCGGCCAUGGGGCAUACGGCUGUAGUCCGUGGCCUCCUCAGCCGAGAUGCGAAGGUAGAUCUGCCAAGCAAGGGUGGCAAGACGGCUCUGCUUCUGGCAUGCGCAGUCGGCCGCGAUUCCAUCGUGGCGGACCUUCUUGCUGCCCGGGCUAAGAUCGAGCACCAGGAUGCAGACGGACAGAACGGCCUUUUUGGUGCCGUUCAGUGUGGCAACAAGGAGCUCGUUUCCUUGUUGAUCCAGCACAAGUGCCCUCUCGAAGCGCACACGCAGAGGGGAGAAACACCGCUGAUGUUCGCUGCCAUGAACCAGCAGAUCGACUGCGUGAAGGUCCUAUGCGCAUCCUCAGCUGAUGUAAAUGCCGUGGAUGAGAAUGGCCAAAGGGCUAUUGACCAUGCCGAGGGCACGCUGAACAGCAAGGUUGUGGAAGUAUUGCGGCAAGCUGCAAAACAAGCGAGUGAGAAAAGCUCAUGA